UCUAGAUCUUUAAACCCUUUUCUCAAAUACUUCUUACUAUUUAAGAGGAAAGUUUAAUGUGAGGAUUGAGAAGGAAUUAGUUUAUGAUAAAAAAUGGAGUCCUAUUUCCCUCUACACGAUGGUGUAUCCGCCACAAGCUUACUUAUUUUACUAUUCUUCUUUUACUCUCUACUAAAAUUGAAAAACAUCUAUCACACUACCAAACACACACCACCUCAACCAUCUGGUUCCUGGCCUUUUAUAGGCCAUUUACCACUCCUAGGUAAACUUCCACACAUAACCUUAGGAUAUCUAGCCGAUCAAUACGGCCCAAUCUUCAUGAUUAAGCUCGGUGUCAACCGAGCAUUAGUCGUCAGCAAAGCCGAGAUGGUUAAACAAUGUCUAGGCACUAAUGACCGAGUCUUUGCUAACAGACCUCACACCAUUUUUGUUGAUCAUCUUACUUAUAAGUCUGCCAUGUUCGGGUUCACACCGUACGGUCAAUACUGGCGACAGAUUCGUAAGAUCACUACCGUUGAGCUCCUAUCAAACCAUCGAAUCGAGAAGUUUAAAGAUGUUAGAAUUAAUGAGGUUAAAUCAGCCAUUAAAGUCCUUCAUGAUCACUGUAUGAUGGAGAAUUUGAGGGGAAAUGCAGUAGAUUCUAUGACGGUUGACAUGAAAAAAUGGUUUAAUGACGUAUCUAUGAAUUCCAUAGUCAGAUUGAUUGCAGGCAAGUCAAUGAAGGAAUUUUAUCAAGGUGAGAUAUAUGAUAAAUAUGCAAAGGCAUUCAGGGAAUUUUUUGAAUUGGCUGGUGUAUUUCUCCCUGGUGAUGCACUUCCCUUAUUGAGAUGGAUGGAUAUUGGAGGACAUGAGAAGAAGAUGAAGAAACUUGCUAAAGUUAUGGAUCAAAUAGUUGAUGAUUGGUUAAUGGACCACAAAAAAAGAAGAGGGUAUAAAAAUUCACAACCACAAGAUUUUAUGGAUGUGAUGCUUAAUAAUUUUGAGACAGGGCAAGAAAUUUCUUCCAUCUUUGAUACAGAUACCAUUAUCAAAGCCAAUUGCAUGAAUUUGAUAUUAGCUGCAUCAGACACAUCAGCAGCAACCCUAACAUGGGCACUAGCAUUACUCCUCAACAAUCAAGACAUCCUCAAGAAAACUCAAGCUGAAUUAGACAAAGUAGUGGGUAAAGAAAGACAAGUAGAAGAAUCAGACAUAAAAAAUUUAGUGUACUUGCAAGCAAUAUUGAAAGAAACAUUACGAUUAUACCCUGCUGGAACCCUUUCGGUCCCUCGAGAAGCCAUUAUAGAAUGCACUAUAGGAGGUUACCACAUACCAGCAAGAACCCAACUCUUAGUGAAUGUUUACAAAUUACAUAGAGAUCCAAAUGUGUGGGAAAAUCCAUUGGAAUUUAAUCCAGAUAGGUUUCUUACAAGUCAUAAGGAUUAUGAUUUUAUAGGGAAGAAUUUUGAGUAUUUGCCUUUUGGAAGUGGUAGGAGGUUAUGUCCGGGUAUUUCUUACGCCCUUCGGAUUAUGCAUUUUACGCUUGCUAGUUUGCUACAUGAAUUUCAGGUCUUAUCUUCGUUGAAUCAAAUGGUGGAUAUGAGUGAGGAUUUUGGACUAAGUAACUCUAAAGCUACCCCACUUGAGCUUAUUCUCAAAAAGCGUCUUCCUCACCACUUUUAGAAUGAUCUUAUUAUUCUCGCAGAAAAAAAUAUAAUAUAUAUGAAAUAUGAUGCAGUUGUAGUUAAUACGAUAUAUGAUGCAGUUAAUUAUGCAAUUGUGCUAGAAUUUCAUGUGAUUGACAAUGGUGAAUGGCCAUUAUUAUAAAUUAAUAAAAAAUAUAAUAUAUAUGAAAUAUUUAGCCAAUAAAUUAGUUUUACUUUAUGUUUAUGUUAUAAAACUCAUUAGUCACGACAUGAACAUAAUAAUAAAAUUAUUGUUCCUCGA